AUGGCUUUCAAUCACCUAACUUUUAUUCUCAAAGGAAACAAACUAGUUGGACCUAAUUAUAUUCUUUGGAAAAGGAACCUGGAUAUUGUAUUGAUUGCAGAGGAGUACAAGUAUGUGCUCGUAGAGCAUCAGUCUAUGCCUUCUGCCUAUGAUAUAAUGCAGAACCUCAAAGAAAUGUUUGGAGAUCAAAAUCGUACUACUAGGCAGACUGUUAUGAAGGAACUUAUGAAUACUACUAUGGUAGAAGGGACCCCAGUAAGGGAUCAUGUUCUGAAGAUGAUUGGUCUUCUCAAUGAGCUAGAGAUCCUUGGAGCUGAAAUCGAUGGGAAAACCCAGCAUAACUACUUAAAGAGCUUCAAGCAGCUGAGGGCCUCAUCAGGAAGCCAACUAUUGCUUUUGUGA